AUGGGGCCCGCGGGCAAUAAGGGAUUAUGGGGCCCCUGUGUCCUUGCCCAGACUCAAAAAAGCCUAUGAAAAAGUGUCAGUAGUGAAUGAAUAAAAGUCCAACACUCAUAUAUGCACAUAAAUGAAUCAAUAAUAAUGUCCAAAACCAUAUAACUGUUAACUGCAAGCCAGGGGCGGACUGACAACUCAUGGGGCCCCCGGGCAAUAGGGAAUCAUGGGGCCCCUGUGUCCUUGCCCACACUCAAAGCACACCCAAAAAAGCUUAUAAAAAGUACCAGGGGCAUUUCAUGGGGCCCCCUACUGACCCCCGGGCCCUCAGGCAGUGCCCUAGUGCUCGAAAUGGUCAGUCCGCCCCUGCUGCAAGCCCACAC